GGUUCUCCCCAGCUUGGACUGUUCUGAGUCUUGAGUUUGGUUUUAACCACUGCCCCAUCCUUUACUGACAGGUACUACGGUGGGACAGAGUUUGUGGAUGAGCUGGAGAGGCUGUGCCAGAAGCGAGCGCUGCAGGCGUACCGGCUCGACCCCCAGAAGUGGGGCGUCAAUGUCCAGCCCUACUCAGGGUCACCUGCAAACUUCGCGGUGUACACAGCCCUGGUGGAGCCCCACGGCAGGAUCAUGGGGCUGGACCUGCCCGACGGGGGCCACCUCACCCAUGGCUUCAUGACUGACAAGAAGAAGAUCUCUGCCACCUCUGUAUUCUUCGAGUCCAUGCCCUACAAGGUCAACCCCAAGACCGGGUACAUCGACUACGACCGGCUGGAGGAGAACGCCCGCCUCUUCCACCCCAAGCUGAUCGUAGCAGGUGUCAGCUGCUACUCGCGCAACCUGGACUACGCCCGCAUGCGGCGCAUCGCCGACGCCAACGGCGCCUACCUCAUGGCCGACAUGGCGCACAUCAGCGGGCUGGUGGCUGCCGGCGUGGUGCCCUCCCCCUUCGACCACUGUGACGUCGUAUCCACCACCACCCACAAGACCCUGCGGGGCUGCAGGGCCGGCAUGAUCUUCUACCGCAAAGGUACCCGCAGCGUGGACCCCAAGACAGGCAAGGAAACCCUCUACAACCUGGAGAGCCUCAUCAACCAGGCAGUCUUCCCGGGGCUGCAGGGAGGCCCACACAACCAUGCCAUUGCAGGCAUAGCCGUGGCCCUGCAGCAGGCCAUGACACCCGAGUUCAAGGCGUACCAGCAGCAGGUGGUGGCAAACUGCCAGGCACUCUCAGCUGCCCUGAUGGAGCUGGGCUAUGACAUUGUCACAGGGGGCUCUGACAACCACCUGAUCCUCCUGGACCUGCGCAACAGAGGCACAGACGGCGGCCGGGCCGAGCGCGUGCUGGAGAUCUGCUCCAUCGCCUGCAACAAGAACACCUGCCCCGGUGACAUCAGUGCCCUGCGCCCCAGCGGCCUGCGCUUCGGCACCCCAGCGCUCACCUCCCGAGGCUUCCGGCAGGAUGACUUCCGCAGGGUGGCUCAGUACAUCCACAGAGGGAUCGAGCUGACGCUGCGUGUGCAGAAGGACAUGAGCCCCAAGGCCACGCUGAAGGAAUUCAAGGACAAACUGGAGGAGGGCAAAUACCAAGCAGAGCUGAAGGCACUGAAAGAAGAGGUGGAAGCCUUCGCCGCGACCUUCCCGCUCCCGGGGCUGCCUGUCCUGUAAGGGGAGGCACCAGUGCCCGCUGCUGGAGCCACCCUCACCAGCACCCCAGUGCCUUCUCCCAGCACCUCCCUACCAGCACUGGCUGUGCUGCAGCAGCAGCAGCUCCUCGUUUGGCUUUCACUCACCUCUCCCCUCCCACGUGGGGCACAGAACCCCCUGAGCACAACCCCUCCACGGGGAAAACAGCCCUUGCCCUGUUCAGCAUCACAGCUGGGACCAAGGAAACCCUAAGCCUCAGGGCCAGGUUUGCUCUCCUUGCCUGUGGGAGCAGCAGAUGAGGUUUAGGCAGGUCUGCUCCUGUCCACCCAGAUGGGAGGGAGCUGGGGGACCACCUCCAUAGUCAGGCACGAGAGACUUCACAGCCAUAAAACCCUCUAUGGCUUCAGCCUUGAGGAUUCCCCUUCAGGUGCACAAACCCCUUUUGUGCCUUCCAGCCCCUGCAGGCUGUGAGGAGGCCAAGCCUCACCCCUACCACC